CCAGGGCUUAGCGGGGACCGUGCACACACUCUCCACAUCAAACUGUAUAAAAACUCUCAUUAUGCAUCGGCCUGUGUUGUAGCAGGGUUAAAUCUUUAUCACUGCUUCACAGAGAGAAUAUGCACAUAGCUGCACGUGCGCGCGCGAGGACACGAGGACACGCCGCCGCCGCCGCCGCCGCAAGAAAGAGAGAGGAGACACUCUGCUGCGCUUUCAUCAAUAUAAUCACCAUUCUAACUACUAGCUUUUAACAUUUUGUUUUUUCCCGUGUUCAGGCGAGAAGUGACAGGGAUUUAGACCCCUCCUCUGCAGGGCGGAGCGUGCAUUUUCAUCCCGUAUUUUGUCUCUUUUUUUUUAAAUUCUUUCUUUCUUUUUUUCCUCCUCCUCCUCCUCCUCCUCCUCUCCGAGCCCUGUUCCCCGCUCUGACACGUCUGCACUGAGUGAGUGGCAUUGGCACACUGUCAAUCGCUCACCAACCGCUGCCAUCAAACAACAUAAAACACACACAGGCAAGAGGCUGGAGCUCAUAAAUUUCAGCAGGGCAAGAUCUCUCUCUUUUUUUUUUUGCGCACCGCCUUCACACGGCGCUGUCUCCUAAUUAAUUUUAUUCUUCGCUGUUGCUUGUUUUUGUUGUGUGUGUGUUUGUUUUUUUGUAAAACAAACAAACAGAAAAAAAAAAGCAACUUUUUUUUGUACAUUUCAUAUUUUUAUAUUCUCAUAUGCAGCAGAGUGCGUGUGUUUUUCCUCUGGAGUCAUUUCUGCACAUUUAUAGUUGGCAACACCUGCAAGUCUAAUAUUUUUUUUUUGUAUUUUUUUUAUUUUUUUUUCUUGGUCUUCUUUUUCCCUUCUUUUGAUUUGUUUCCACACUGGAUAUUUUUGUCGCCGCAGCUCCACCGGGAGGAUUUGGACAUUUUAUUGGAGAGGAAAUGCGACGGGGAUCCCGCGAAGAGCGCAAAUAAAUGAGAGAUCACCGUGGAGCGUUUGUGUCCACGCACACCGCCCGUCACAUCCCAGGGAGAAGACAGAUUGGCAUGAGGAUUCGCGCGGGAUACGAUGGACCGUCAAUUUUGACAAAGAAGUUUUAAUAAGAAGAUUAAAAAACAACAACAACAACAACAACAGAUUUAUGCAUUUUUCUACAAACACUGCCGCGCGUUUUGGCACUUUGGACCGCGCGUAAACGAGCGAGAGGACGGCGAGAACUUGGACACAAGGUUGACGCUUUGAGACGUCGCUGCUCGUCUUUCUUUGACAUAUAAUAAUAAUAAUAAUAAUAGUAGAAAAAAAGAGAAUAAAUCGCCGCGUGUUCCCUGCAUCGCGCGAGAAGCCCACAGCAGUGCAUCCCUCCAGUCUGCGGCACAUGUUGUAGCCGAUUUCGUAUAUGAGUUUUUCAAUUUGCGUGGCUCAGUGCACAGACUCUUUAGCGGCGACUAUGGACGAUCAAGCCCGGAUCAUGCAGUCGAUCGGCGGGGUCAGUCUGGCCGGCCACUCGGUACAAGGAGGCAUGGCACUGCCGCCUCCUCAUGGACACGACGGGACGGACGGAGACGGAAGAAAACAAGACAUUGGUGACAUUCUCCAUCAAAUAAUGACCAUAACUGAUCAGAGUCUGGACGAGGCGCAAGCAAAAAACAGGAAACAUGGACUGAACUGUCACAGAAUGAAACCAGCACUCUUCAGCGUCCUGUGUGAAAUCAAAGAAAAGACAGGUCUCAGCAUCCGCGGCGCCCAGGAGGAGGACCCGCCAGAUCCCCAGCUCAUGCGCUUAGAUAACAUGCUGUUGGCGGAGGGCGUGGCGGGACCGGAGAAAGGGGGCGGAUCGGCCGCAGCCGCCGCUGCCGCCGCCGCCUCGGGCGGGGCAGCCGACAACUCCAUCGAACAUUCCGACUACAGAGCCAAACUCACCCAGAUCAGGCAGAUCUACCACACGGAGCUGGAGAAAUAUGAACAGGCGUGCAACGAAUUCACCACACAUGUGAUGAACCUGCUGAGGGAACAGUCUCGCACGCGGCCCAUCUCGCCUAAAGAGAUUGAGCGCAUGGUGGGAAUCAUCCACCGCAAGUUCAGCUCCAUCCAGAUGCAGCUGAAACAGAGCACCUGUGAGGCUGUCAUGAUCCUGCGCUCCAGAUUCCUUGAUGCCAGGCGGAAAAGGCGAAACUUCAGCAAGCAGGCGACGGAAAUCUUGAACGAAUACUUCUACUCGCACCUCAGCAACCCGUAUCCCAGCGAGGAGGCGAAGGAGGAGCUGGCGAAGAAGUGCAGCAUCACCGUUUCCCAGGGGGUGGGAAGCACCAUCACAGUAUCACAGGUAUCCAACUGGUUUGGCAACAAGAGGAUCCGGUACAAGAAAAAUAUCGGCAAGUUUCAGGAAGAAGCCAACUUGUAUGCUGCCAAGACUGCUGUAAAUGCAGCACAGGCUGCGGCCGCUGCAGUGCAGAACAGCCAGGCCAACUCACCUACCACACCUAACUCCGGAUUCCAGAUGAAAGAUGAAGAUUUUCAGCUGGAUUCCGCAGAGAGCAAAAACACUCUUUUAAGCAACAUGUUUACUGGUUCUUCAGGUUCUUUUAACCUCCCAAACUCUGGGGACAUGUUCUUGAGCAUGCAGAGUCUGAAUGGGGAUUCUUACCAAGGGGCACAAGUCGGAGCCAAUGUACAGUCACAGGUGGAUACCCUGCGCCAUGUUAUCAGUCAGACGGCAGGAUACAAUGAUGCUCUCCGGGGAAACACAAUGUACAGUCCACAUGGCUUAAAUGCUAACGGGGGAUGGCAAGAUGCGACAACGCCGUCUUCUGUGAUAUCCCCGACAGAAGGACCUGGAAGUGUGCACUCCGAUACCUCGAACUGAUCCAUUACCGACGCAUCGUCUCCUCAAAGCUGGGCAUGGACUCUUUUCAACCCGGGCUCGAACCGACUACAACAGGAUGAAAAAAAAAAGAAAGGAAGAAGAAAAACAAACAAAAAAAACAAACAGAUUUCUUUUCUCGCUGUUCAUCACCGACGCCGAGCGUUUCCUCAUUGUUCACCGUUUCCUUUCCGUCUUGAUGAAUCGACCGUAAUCACGGCGCGCGGAUAACAAAUAGCCCCCUCCGACGUUUGCUCGGUAAACUUUCAGGAUAAUUAUCUGCUCUCGACUCAAAACACCGGAUGACACCCCGUGUAUUUAACGUGACACUUUAAAUGCCCAUUUGUUUGAUUCUUGAUUUAAUUACCGCUCUCCAUUUUGAUAAUUGGCUGCCCCCCCCACCCCACCCCCGCCGGUUCUGUCCGUAGCAGACAUAGAUUUAAAGCAGCUGUUUCUUUGACUGUAAUGUGUUUGCAAUCGUGUCCGGCGACGCAACAAUGCUACCGUUGACAGCUCAAUGGCAGCUUUGUAGUUUCUUUCUGAGAUUUAUUCUCGCCUUACAGCCGUGUACAUUAGCACGAGAGAAUGACUAUUCAAACAUCCGGAACAUAAAGAAGUGUAAUUGAUUGCUUGACUAUACCAUGACAACCGUUCCAUAUUUUAUAAUUCGAUGUUUAGUAUGUACAUAUGUAAACAUUUUUUUGUACUACUUAUGGAAAUCAACAAAUCCGCCCCCCCCCACACACACACACACAGUAGAUCAUUAUUUCAUGGCCCCUCCCCUUCCAUUACACAGGAAAAGUUGUAUAUAAUAUAGCUAAAGAGUAAUUAUACAUCCGACCCAUCAAUCCACGGCUUUGUUACCUCAUUCAAAUUCAUUCAAGAACCAAUAAUUUCCAACUUUUCUGUAGCUUAGAGUGCUCACUUACUACCUCUAUACCACAUACCGCCACCAUUGCUUUUCUUUUGCCUGUAUUUAAUGUUUCCACGUCCUUUUUUCUUUCUUUUUUUUGACGACAUCUUGUAACACUGUAAACUCUCCAUCCUCUAUGUAAUCUAAUGUAUAUUUUAAUCUUUUAAUAAAACGGGGUUGCUGCGCUGCGACUGAAGAAAAUGACAAAAAAUACUUAAUAAGAAUGAAAAGUGAUGACGAUAUCGAUGCCGCGGGGGGAGGGUCCGGGUUGGGGUGUGGCUUUGACGAGGGGCAGUGUGAUGAACGUCGUUGAUUAAUUAACACCAAACAGUGAAACUGUUGUAAAUACUGACGAAAAAAAAAAACUAAAAACAUUUUGAAUGUUGCUCAUCUUGUUACUAAAUCAUGCGGGGAAAAAGACAAAAAAAAAAAAAAUGACUAUAAAAACUGUAAUGCAUAGAGGUUUCAGUAUUCAGAACUGUAAAUUCCAAGCUCUGUUCAACAGGGUCCAAGACUUCUUUUCUCUCUUUUUCUAUUGUAUGUGAUUCUGAAACUGAAAAGUCAUGACAAAACGAUGUGUGGCAGUGAUUCUAAUGUAUUAAAGAUGUUUAGUGUUACUUUCUAACCAGACUACGCCCUGGACUGAAAAGUCUUCCUUGUGGUAGUUGUGUAAUUUCAAACAUGAAUAAACCUUUUUGCUUUCAUGACAA